AUGAUAAUUGAAGCACGAUUUUCUUUUUCUUUUAAAAAAUGUCUCCCCUCUCUUCUUUGUCAAGGUGUCUUCCUGUUUAUUUUGGGAAUGGGAAUCAACAUUCAUAGUGACUACACCUUGCGCCAGCUCAGAAAACCUGGAGAAGUCACCUACAGUAUUCCACAUGGUGGCUUGUUCACGUAUGUGUCUGGAGCAAACUUCCUCGGUGAGAUCAUCGAAUGGAUGGGCUUUGCCUUGGCCACUUGGUCUGUUCCAGCUCUUGCUUUUGCAUUUUUCACACUUUGUUUCCUUGGGCCUCGAGCUGUUCACCACCACAGGUUCUACCUCAAGGUUUUCGAGGACUACCCUAAGUCUCGGAAGGCCCUUAUUCCAUUCAUCUUUUAAAGAAACCAAGUUGAAGAGGAGCAAAACUCCCACAAUAAUAGUGAAAAGGGUCAAGCUGCUAAAACUGUGACUUGUAAAGAUCCACUACAUACAGAUACUAAAUAGAUACAUACAUGCGUACAUGUAAUUGUGCAUAUAUCUUUACGACAUAUAUGCAAUAGUAGGUCUCUUGUUCUGCACGGUGCCUGCUUAGUUUCCUCCUUCCUGCCCUGCCAAGGACUGUAACCCGAUCUCCUACUGGAGCUUCAGAAAGCUUUUUCCAGAUGAAAAAUCUUCUUUGCCAUUCCUGCUGUAAAGGAUAAAACUUCCUCCCGUGUGUUUUUCUCAUUGGGUGAUCCAGUCCAUGUGGCUUUCUCCUACUCUGAAUCCAUGAAGGACAGUUCUGUAGUUGAGACUGUUUUGGGUUAGCGUAGUGUUCAUGAACUUACUAAAGAUAUAUAUUUGUACCUCCUCAGGAUAGCAGAGAUUUAAAUUCUGGAUCUGGAUAGAUACAGAGCACAGCCACUCUUAAAUGAGAGCCUAGCGAUGCCUUAUCCUCCUUUGUUCAUAAGGAAGAUAUAAAGCAGCAAGUGUUGAAUAAAAAAGCCUUCUUCUUACAUGGCUGAAAAUGUUCUGAUGUGUUAACUCCAAGUAAAAUUUGUGUAGUGUCUUCAUUGAUGAAUGCCUUGGUCUUCCGGAGAGAAGAUUUCACAGUCUCCAUUAUGGACAGAUAGCAUAGCUUAACCCAGAAAAUGGGAAUGGAUUUUCUUAAAGACCAGAUUUUAAUGACCACAAAGAAAAAAACGUGAACCCGAAUGGCUACUGGGAGAAUAAUGAAAGGUUUUGCAGUGAACACUGUGAACUGUCAAGUUCUCGGAAACGGAUGAGAAUAUCCACAUAAUGGAAAUAUGUCAGAUAAGAGAAAUUGAGGAGAAGAUCUCUGCCAUUUGUUUUGAUGUGAUGUCCACAAGGACAUAAAGCACAUCAGAAGAACUGAGCCCCUUUCCUCUAGAAUUUCUUCAUUGCCAUCCUUAGGUAGACAAUCCCCAGGCGCAGCUUGAACCUCAGCCCUCAACAGUCCCAACAGAAGAAGUUAUGGAUAGUCAAAUCUGGGUUGAACAUUGUCUUUGUUUUGGACAGUGUUUCACACGUAGCUUUCUUGUGUAUUUGUUUAAAAUUUCCCAAAAUCUAAAAAUCAGGAUAUUUCUGCUGAAAACGUUGACAUUCUAAUUUCCUUUAAGAAGCUACAGAAUCUCAGCGUACAAAAUCCACGUUUCUACAUAAGAAUCUGGAACUGGGGGUGCUUGAGGAGAAGAUACCAUUGUACUGUGGGUGCUGAGACCACGGCUCUCUGGGGAGGGGGCCAAACACACAGAACACUCUCUUCUGCUUCAGCCCAGCUUGUGGCUGGCAUUGGCAUUACUUAGCAAUCCUGUGUGAGAAUGAAGCACCAUUUUUAUCAAAUGUGGUGCUAAGUACAGAAACCCUGUGACAGGCAUAGGUCACUGGAAAGAUUGGAGGCUGGGGUAGGGCAGAUUACUAAAAAAUACAAAUCUGUAAUUAUAUACGAAAGCGGUUCACAAAAUGCCUGUCAAGUCAUUUGGAAGUAAGUGUAAGUUUGUUUGAAUUAAAAGCUCCAAAGAUCUCUGGAGAUUUUUUUUUUUUUUUUUU